UCGACCGUCGAUGACUUCAACGCAGUGGUCAUACCAAUUAGGACUGUUGUCACGGAUUACUUUCAACCACUGCUCUCACACGAUUCUCGUAUGCGUCUUUUCAAAUUCGAAUGACGCGUAUCGCGUCAUUGCGCAUGAAAUCGCUGUCAUAACAGGGUAGUCGUGAGUUGUUGAAACACUGUCGACGACUCGAGCUAAGCGGCUCGCUAAUGUCGAUCUUCGGUUAAAUAUUUUUCGGAGAGUUCCCAUAUACACACAAAUAGUGCCGGCCGAUUAAUCGCGUAUCCGCACAGAUUUGGGGGAAAAUUAUGUAGCUGCAAUGGUUGCGACCACAGCGACUGAUAUGACUGGUCCCAUAUAUCAUGAGCGACAAGUGAAGGAGCUUUGUGCUUUACACGCGCUAAACAACUUGUUUCAAGAGCGUGGAUUUAGCAAGCAAGAAUUAGACCAAAUCUGUUAUAGUUUAAGUCCCGAUGUUUGGAUUAAUCCUCAUAAAUCACUACUAGGACUUGGAAACUAUGAUAUUAAUGUUAUCAUGGCUGCUCUCCAAAAAAGGGGACGUGAAGCUGUAUGGUUCGACAAACGUAGAGACCCCAAGUGUCUUCGCUUAGACAACAUCGAGGGUUUUAUACUUAAUGUCCCAACUGAAUACAAGCUGGGUUUUGUGCUACUUCCUUUGAAACGACGUCAUUGGAUUGCUCUGAAAAAGAUUCACGGUGCCUUUUAUAAUCUUGAUUCAAAACUGGAUUCACCGCAAUUAAUAGGAAAGGACAACGAUUUACUCAUAUAUCUAAAGGACCAGAUAGAUAGUAAGGAGAAAGAGUUAUUCCUUGUUGUAUCUAGAGAGAUUGACAACAACCAAGGAUGGUUGAUAGAUACAAGUGAAAAUAAAGAUGACAAUAACACAGAUCACGAUUCGAUUAGAUAUAUCGAAGACGGAUAUCCUGAUAUAGAUUUGAAGAAGUCAGAAUCCAAAGAGAUGAAUGAGAACGAGGAAUUUCUAGAUAACAAAAAUUCUAGAUAAUUGGGGCCAUUAUACGCAUGAUCCAUUUAAUUGUUUAUUUAUUUAUUGCUUUGUUACGAAUUUGAGUGGGAGCGACCUUGAUUGACAUAGAAGACCCAGAAUUAUGAAAAUAAAGAGAGCGAAGACCAGAGAGAAAGAGAGAAAAAGAGAGAAGGAAAUAAUGGAAAUUGCACGUAAUAAGUGUCUAACUGAGUAUCUCACUACAAGAAAGAAUAUUCUACAAGAAUAUUUCCACUCAUAUCUACAUGUUAACACAAGCAAGACAUUUUUUUUAUUAUUAAUGUAUAUCCUCUCUUGUGUGAGAAGGGGCCCACUUGUAAUGGCACAUACCACACUGGAUACACUACAUAUAGUGUGCAACACCUUGUGGGUAACGAUGCAAUCUAAGAAAUAGCGUAAGAGAAUGUAACGUUGUAUUUAUUCAGGAUGAAAACAUCGCUUUAUUAAAACCAACAUGUGUAAGAGGAUAAUUCGUAUUUAAGAAACAGCAGCUACCCAUGUGAAAGAGUAUUUACGUCGUGAAAGAAUAUAUACAUGUACAUGUACGUGAUAUUAUUUAUUGUGAUAAUCAUAUCUGUCAUUUUAAAAGGCUUGUGUAAAUAAACAGACACUUGUAAUACAAAAUUGUUACGAUACCUUAGGUGCAAUUAAUUCUUUCACGCAAUGAAAACGCUUAUAAUUUAUUUCAUAUAUGUAAUUUGUAUGUAUAAAAUUUAUAUUUAAGUAUUAUUGUGUGUUUAUAUCAUAAGAGCGUAAAGUUUAUUUUUAUCAUCGAUAUGCUGGUCUAUGAACAUAUAUCUGGUGUAUGAACAUAUAUUUAAGUCAUGAAUUUAAGUAAGCAGCAAGUAAGUAUAAUUAGCAAUAAUUUAUUUAUUUUUGUUAUUGUACAGCCACAAGAAUAAAAAGAACGAUUCACUAUA